AUGGGAGAGGGGGAUCCUCCCACCGUUAUCUAUGUGAACUUCACAUCAAAAAAGAUCCCUGAAAAAUUCAACGCUCGGGUCAAGGAGCUUGACAGUAUGAUGAAGCUCACGCACCAAUGGCUCGAUACCCAUGCAGGCCUCCAGGUGAAAGCGCGCAAGGCAGAAGGCGAAAUCGCGUCCGAUGAUUCACCCGAAGCCAAAUGGAAGCGUUCCGAUUAUCGUAUCAAAGUUGUUGACACCUAUCUAACCGAGAACUGUUCUUGGGUAUAUACCCCUCGCUCUGAGAAAUAUACCAAGUCCAUCAAGGCUCGUAAAGUCGACUUCCAUUUCGAACUCGUCAAAAAUGUUCUUGCGGGGCUUAUUGUGCCCACAUCUUUGACUCAGCAACUGGAGGCUAUUUUCAAAGGAAUCUCGGACACGGUUAUGAAAACCCAACACACUGCUGAGAAACGGGCCGUCUGGAGCUUGAUUCAAGUCUACACUUACGAUGAGAUGAGGGACGACGUCCGCUGCUCCCUUCGGUGCAUCUCAUAUUCUAUUGACCAGGAUAUGAAAAAGAUAAUCGUGGGCAAAGCUAGUUAUGAGUCAAUCAGCCUGGAUUUCAGCUACCUGAAUGGCGACUACCACUUCAAUGAGGACACUUGGAAAGAAGUGAAGUCCGAAGUUAAUCAGUUCAUCACUGGCCGCGCUGUCAAGCAGAUACGUGAUACUACAAAGGUCCCGGUUUAG